GCCCCUUGGCACAGGCUGUGCCACCCAACAAAGCCCAGCAGGCCGGGAGGAGAGCCCGGGGCCAGCGCAGCUGCUUGGGCAGUCGCUGCUUCGAGGGACACGGGCCAAACCCAUCCCUGAGCAGCCCAGAACAGGAGCACAGGAUGGAGAGCAGGGAGGACAAAUCCCCGUGGCAGAACCUCGUGGAAGAGGCCGUUUUGAGCAGAUCCACGGUGCAGGAACCCAACGGGGGGGAAAAGCCCUGGAGAUGCUGCACGAGGAGGGGCUGCAAACACAGAUCACGGGGAUCUGAGGAGGAAAGACCCAGCCUGGGCUGGGGAGGCGGCCGGAGAUGGAGCCAGAGCUCGGAGCUGGUGGUCCCUGAGCAGCUCCAGGAUGGGGAGAAGCCCCACAAGUGCUCAGAGUGUGGGAAGAGCUUCAGGUACAGCUCCCAGCUGAGCAGGCACCAGAGGAUCCACAAUGAGGAGAGGCCCUGCAAGUGUGGGGAGUGUGGGACAAGCUUCAGCCAGAGCUCCAACCUUGUCAGCCACCAGAGGAUCCACACUGGGGAGAGGCCCUACAAGUGUUCCAAGUGUGGGAAGAGGUUUCAGACCAGCUCCGAUCUCCUCAAGCACUAUUGGGUUCACACAGAGGAGAGGCCCUUCUGCUGCCCUGACUGCGGGAAGGGAUUCAGGAGGAACUCCCACCUCAUCACCUGCUCUCCUCUCCGGGGAGAGGCCCUACGAGUGUCCCCAGUGUGGGAAGAGCUUCUCACAGAGCUCUACCUGGGCCCAACACCAACGGAGGCACCGGUAAGGGAAGCCCUGCGAGUGCCCCGAGUGUGAGAAGAGCAAAACUCCAUCCCCCACUACAGGACCCACACUGGGCACAGCCCUGGUCACCCACAUUCCCUGUCAUCCAUGUUGGGAACACAGCUGGCUGCUUUUCCUUUUGUGUUCACCUUAAUUUUUUUCUCUUCUCCAUCCCUCUGCACUCCAAAAGCCAAGAGGGAUCCAUCUUUCACCUCAAAACCACUCACAUGCUACUGAAAACAACUGUAUUUUAAGCCAUAAAACACAAUCCCACCUCAAAUUGUUUGUUCCCACCUCAAAAACCUCAAUCCCUUGCCAAACUCUCUCGAUUCCAGAGCCUCCAGAGUGAGAUGGGGUUGGGAGGAGCUGGGAGAAGUGGGAUCUCAAUUUGGAGCGGUGGGAUGGGGAUUCUGUGGGCCUGCGUGGCUGGGAUCUAUUUGAUAGCAAAUAAAACCUUCAGACUUACUGAUUUCUUUGCCGUUCAUUUUCAGUCCGUGGCAGUUCUGUCUGCAGAGCGCCGCCUCACAGAGC